AUCGUUGUCUUCAACCCCAGUUUCAUCGAUUAUUAUUUUCUCAGCAAUUUUUGUUGAUACUCGAAAAAACCCCUAAUUUUUCAGCAUUUCUGAUCAUCAGCAACAUUUCAACAUUCAAUUUUCUACAGGAUAAAUUGACUUCACUGAUUUGAAAGAACAAAUGCAAAUUACAACGGUGUAAGGAUUGGAUGCUGCUGUUAUCUUUGACGAAUUCAAAUCCUUCAAUGGCGUCAUACUACAAGUAUUCGUGUCUGCUCAUAUGUUUUCUAGCUCAGUUUUCCGUUUCUUUCUCAGGACAGAGCAACUCAUUAGAUUCCGUUCCUGAUCUUGAGAGGUCAAUGUAUAAAGUGAUUGAUGGAUUUCCUUGUGUGAGACUUCUGAAUCUUUCGGGGGAGAUUGGCUGUGCUAAUCCUGGACGGGAUAAAGUUGUUGCUCCUGUUGUGAGGUAUCGUGAUGGUGUUGUGAUACAUCAGUUGUCUACCAUCCUACUCUCAGUGGAUGCAGUUCAAAGUUUCUUUAACCGAGUAGCUACAGAUGCUGAUUUUGGAAGGAACAUCGGUGGUGUAUUAGUUGAGGCAGAAUCCAAUAAAGAGAAGUUGAAAGGAUUUUCUCCUGAUGAAAAAUUUCCUCAGUCCAAAUUUUCUCCCUACAAGAAUCUCACUUAUGAAUGGAAUCCUAAUGGAUCAGGCAUCAUGUGGCACCACUACAAUUUCCCUGUAUUUUUGCUAUCUGAGAACAAUACGUCAAUCUUGAAGGAGGUUGCUACUAAGAAUGAAAAGAAUAAUAGGUCAUACAGUCAGGAUGUUGCUGAGUUUGAUCUUGUUAUGCAGACAACAAAGUCUGAUACUCGUGAUUCGGAGUCUUGUUUGAAAGCAGGCACGUGCCUCCCCUUAGGUGGAUAUAGUGUUUGGUCGUCUCUUCCUCCCAUCAUUCAGUCUUCCUUGGAUGUAACCAAGCCUAUUAUAUUGGCAAUGGGAACUAUGGAUUCUGCUUCUUUUUUUCGUGACAAAGGCCUCGGUGCAGAUUCACCUUUAUCUGGAUUAGUUGCUCUGUUGGCAGCUGCUGAUGCUCUUUCUCAUUCUGAUUAUUUGAAGAGCUUUAAGAAGCAGCUUGUUUUCCUGGUUCUUACUGGAGAGACCUGGGGUUUCCUUGGUAGCCGAAGGUUCUUGCAUGAACUUGACCUGCAAUCUGAUGCUGUUGCAGGUCUCAAUGACACAUUUAUUGAAACGGUUUUGGAGAUUGGAUCUGUUGGAAAGGGGUUUAAUGGUGGGGUAAAGAACUUUUUUGUCCAUUCAUCCAGUAGAACAAAGGUGGCAAAUGAGAUGUUUGAAGCAUUGCAAAGUGCACAGGUUUCUCUGAAAUCAGACAACAUCAAAAUCUCAGCCGCAAAUAUUUUGAAUCCUGGAGUUCCUCCCUCUUCAUUGAUGUCAUUUUUGAAUAAGGAUUCUAAAAUAUCUGGUGUCGUCUUAGAAGAUUUUGAUGACAUGUUUGCAAAUGGAUUCUAUCACAGUCACCUUGAUGAUAUAUCAAACAUCAACUCCACAUCCAUUGUAGCUGCUGCAUCCCUUGUUGCCCGUUCUCUUUACAUACUUGCCACUGACAUGCAAAACACGAAAAUCCCAGAUCUGGAUUCUAUCAGUGUUAAUGCCUCUUUGGUAGAUGAACUUUUGGAUUGUCUGUUGAAAUGUGAUCCUGGUUUGUCUUGUGGGCUGGUGAAAAAUUAUAUUUUGCCUACGGGUGCAUGCCCUAGCAGCUAUGUUGGAGUUAUUGUAACUGAUCCUUCAUCUCCUCCAUAUCGUGGGUAUUCCAGCGAUAUAUCCAGAUUUAUCUGGAACUUUUUAGCUGAGAAGACAGCCAUGAAGAUGGAGAAUACUAGUUUGAACUGCCAACAAGGCUGUAGGAGCGAAAGUGAAGUUUGCAUUAAAGCAGAGACUGACAACAUAGGUGUCUGCGUUAAAUCCACCACCAGGUAUGUCCCUGCAUUUUCAACCCGUCUUCAGUAUGAGUCUGGAUCCUGGAAGUUACUGCCUCCGAAUUCUACAGAUCCUAUGAGCAUGGCGGACCCUGUCUGGACUGAAAGCAAUUGGGAUGUCAUUGGACUUCGAGUAUAUACUCGUCAAAAUGCUGCUUAUGACCGUCUUAUCUUGCUAAUAGGUCUGGGUAUCACAGGGUUCUCUUAUCUUGCCAUUGAAAUUUUCAAGACAAUCGUGACUAAAACUCUAAAGAGAGACUAGAUUAAAGAUGGAUACAUUUGCUUAUAAACCAGUUUGAACUGACACUGAAGUACAGAUUCAUUGAUUUGAGCUGCUUUUACUGUCACUCAGCAUUCUGCUGCUGUACUAACCAAACCUAGGUAUUGAGAGUGUUAUAUCUGAACUUACUAAUUUAGCAGUUCCUACAGUUGAUACUUUGUAAUAUUCAUAUUGCAAUACCUUGUACCUGAGACAGCAUAUGCACCAAUAUUUCUACAUUGGAACCAGCACUUUCUACCUGUUUACAAGAAAUAUAACUAUGACUGAAUCUGAAUGUCAGUCUCAGGUGAUCAGCCUCUUCCACUGGCUUUCCUCCACCUGUCUUAUAAUUACAAGCAUCCAUCAUACCCCUCUGUGUAUAUGCUCGGGGUGGCAUGACGGCACGAGUCAUUUUAUGUGGUGUGCUUGUUGUAUAUGUAGUGCCCAAAAGAUCUUAGGUGUAUUAUCGUUAUGUUCACUCAGUCGGGGUUUGAAUCCAUAUCCUAUUUAGAUGUGGAAUCUUUUGGUUCGUAUAUGGAUCAAAUAACUUGUAUUCUUGUUGGUUAGCUUACUGUGAGGAGUUAAAUGGUAAUUAUACUGUGAGGAGUACUGUUUUUUCUUUUUCUUUUUUUUUGAUUGCAACCUUUCAAUAGUGUGCUCUAUUCACAUACAACUUCAAUUACAUUUAGUAAUACUUUAUUUUUGUUAAA